UUAAAAAAUGAGCGUCUCUGGACUAUUCCCUCCCCCAAGAUGUUGCCUUCGGCUACCUGACCGCAAUCAAGGGCUGAUAUGCUGGCAAGUUUCGGCUAUUCCAAAUGCUGGCAAACCAAAGGAGAUAUUUGACAAUCUUCGUCUUGAAAGAAGUAGGUGGACUGUUUCUAUCAGAAGGUGGAAGACACAGAAAACUCAUUUGAUCAAUUGUGCAAUGGAUGCUUCCUAUGGUGAUAUGGCUGGUGAAUCAGGAUCAUCUAUAUUUCCUAGAAUUAAUGUCAGCGACCCAUACAAACGGCUGGGAAUAAGCAAGGAGGCUUCUGAAGAUGAAAUUCAAGCUGCACGGAACUUCUUUAUUAGUAGAUAUGGGGGACAUAAACCCAGCGUGGAUGCAAUUGAAGCAGCCCAUGACAAAAUAGUAAUGCAGAAGUUCUAUGAAAGGAGGAACCCAAAAAUUGACAUCAAGAAAAAGGUCAGGGAAGUCGAACAAUCCAGGGUUGUACAGGUUGUGACAAGCAGAUUCCGAACUCCUGCAACUAAAUUAAUUGUAAAAACAUCCUUAGAAUUUUUAGUGCUUGGAGUUCUCACUGUUCUCUUCCCCACCGAAGAAGGCCCAACUCUGCAAGUAGCUUUAUCACUGAUAGCUACCUUCCACUUCGUACACGAUCGGUUGAAGAGCAAGAUACGAGCUCUACUUUAUGGGAAUGUGAUGGCAUUUCCGAUGGCUGGAGCUUUUAUAUUCUCCUGGUUGGUGGGAACCUUCUUGAUGGUAUCCGUAAUUCCACCUAUUCCUACCCUUAAGGGCCCGAGGAGUUUUGAAGUGCCGACGUCACUGAUAACCUAUGUGCUUCUCUGGGUUUCGUCCACAUAUCUUAAGUAGUGCUAAAGCACUAGCUUUCUUAUUUAUAGACUCCCAAGUUUUGAAGUAGUGGAUAACCAAUGGUUUUCUUG